AAACUGCUGAAAAACCAUUGUUUUUUGUCUUUUCAGUCAUUUUGCUGCACAACACAAGAUCCAGCGCUGCAUUCCAUUUACAUCGGAAGUUGGAAGUGGGAGUGAUGUCACCCUCAAGUUCACCAUGAGAUGUUGGGGGAUAAAAAAACAGUAGCAAUACCAGUCAAUAACAAUGCUCUCCAUGGUAUUUUGAGCACACAAACAGCGUAGUAACAGGUCUACGCUUGAAAAAAUAAACAAUACGGCUGAUUUACUGUGAAACAAGUGCUAUUAAUGGCAAAAAAGCUGUAUUUACACAGUGGCAGCCAUCUUGGAAUCCUAACUAGGGGUAUGUGAGGUUUCCGUAACUACAUAAAAACCCCUUAUACUGAGUAACAGAGAGUUGUGUGGAUUAUGGACUUAAUCUGCAUUAUGUCAUUUGACAAUGGUUUGAAUGUAACAUACAUGUGUUUGUAUUUAAGUUAAACAGAACAGCUUUAAUUAUCAACUGGUUUCUCUACAGAUACAGAAGACAAAGAAGAGGGAAAAAUAGCAGGAUAAAAACUCUUUCAACCAGCAGAGGGCGACAGCGCGUUUGCACACUCAUUUUUGGUCUUCCCGAGUUGCCGUAAACAGACCAGACACCGUAUCAACAACACCGGUAGUGGUUGUGUUUACAUCUCGCCCCUCUUCGUCUUCUGUGGUUCAUCUGUCGCAGUUUAUGAACCGGUCGCGUCCCGCAGGUCUCUCCGGCCUGUGUCCGGUCACCGAACAUCUUUAUCUCAGUAACGGCAGAGCCGCGGGUGACUCCGUCCAGGUGAGUCGGUGUGAAAUCACCUGCGUCGUUAACGUGAGUGGCAGCCGGAAGAGCUGCCCCUCUCCUACCGUGGUGGAGUAUGUCCACAUCCCGCUGCCUGACUCCCCGCUCUCCCCGCUCUGCCUUCACUUUGACCCGGUGUCAGAGAAGAUCCAGGCUCACGCUCGGAGCGGAGGCCGCACGUUAGUCCACUGUAACGCCGGCGUGAGCCGCUCCGCCACGCUGUGCAUUGCUCACCUGAUGAAACACCGCGGCGUGACUCUGCUGGAGGCCCACGCGUGGGUCAAAUCCUGUCGACCCAUGGUGAGGCCCAACCACGGCUUCUGGAAGCAGCUCGUCCAGUACGAGAUGCAGCUUCGUGGCUGCAACUCUGUCCACAUGGUGUCAUCGUCCAUAGGAGAAAUACCAGACAUUUAUGAGGGGGAGAUCAAAAACAUGGUGCCAUUGUGACGAGCUCACGAGGACUUCAGUAUUUGGACCUCAAAGAUGAGGACUUCAUUAUUUAGACCCCAUAAUGAGGUCUUUAUCAUUUCAACUUCAUGAUUAGGACUUAAGAAUGAGGUCUAGGUCUGCCUGCUACUAAUAACCAAUUACUAUUUUAAUUGUAAACGAUAUAGAUAAUUAGUUAAUCAGUCUAAGUGUUAUUUUUUUUUAUAAUUUAAAGAUUUUCCAGUUUCUUAAAUGUGAAUAUUUUUUUAUUUUGGUUUGUGGACAAAACAAGACAUUUGAGAACAUCAUUUAAAGAUUUUGGGAAACACUGUUCAACAUUUCCUGAGCUUGUAGGAAAUUUGCAACUAAUCCUAAACUAAUCUGGGGAUUUAAUCAUGACCAGACUCUGUGAGAGACUGGGGACAUAAAAUCCACAGAUGUAAAUCAGUAAAAUAAUAAAAAAUGACAUCUUAUAAAUUAAAUAGUAUUGGUGAUUGUUAUGGUAAAAUAUAUGGUAUCAAAGAACAGGGCAAUAGAAAAAACAAAGUCCUGUCAUUAUUAUCCAGACCAAAAUGACACAGAUUAUUCCUAUUCUGAAUUUAUAUUAUCUUUUGUUAAUGCUUAAUCUUGUCAUUUGCUGCUUUAACUGGAUUUAGAACCCUCUGUCCAAAAUGUAAAUAAAUUUGAUUAAAAUAAUCACCCUGAUGCUGGUAUAUGCAUGAGCAGGUAUGUACAGUGUACUUUAUCUGUUGUGUUUUGUUUUUAUUGGACCAAAAUAAAAUGAAUGGCUGUAAACAUGGUGUUUCCUACUGAUGUGCUACCUUAUACUGCUCCAUCAAUCCCAGAGGAAAACAGUUUAUUUAACUCCUGCAAAUAUUUGACAGCCAAAGAGAUGUUAAAAUAAUGUUCCAAUAACACAUUAUAAGCUUAAAACGACUAAAGGUCUAUCAACUUUUUGGCCCCUUUUAAGAGAUUGGACCUUUUUUGUUUUAGUUCAUUUAAAACUGAGAAUCAAAGAAAGAAUAUAUUUUAAAUAUGAGUCUUGCAUCUUUUGUAAGUCAAUCAUCUUGUCACUCUUUGAAAGGCUAUCUUACAUUUUUAAACCAUACUGUAAGAGACAUACAGGCUGAAGAUGAGCAGCACGGUGUGUUAGUGUGUGUGUGUUGCAGAGGGCGUGGUUCACCUGGGAGUGGGCGUGUGCACGGUGCGGAAGUGUGUGUGCGUAAAGGUGGGCACUCACCGGUGACGCAGAGAGAGAGUCAGGGUUGGGAGUAGCCGUAAUUUUUGUUGACCGCUACCGCUACUCAUUGAUUCAUUUAUCACCCUUUUUUCCUGUUUAAUCCGCCAGUCUCAUUUUUAUGUUUAUCCAUCCUUGCUGCGCUGUGAUAGCUCUGUGCUGUUUUGUUACAAUAAAUGCACCUAAGCAUA